UUAGGGCUUUUGGCGCGAUGGACAAGGCGUCCAUUGUGGCGUCUCAUCACACCAAGCUCCAGAAGAUCUUGCUCCGGUGGGAUUACAUCCAGCUGCUAGCUCAAUCCAAGGCUCCAGAGACGAAAAAGAGGAAGAAUCGCGUGUCGGCGCCAGUGCUGCCCACCGUGCCUCAGACGUUUGCGAGCCUGGAAGACUACAUUGCUGUGUUUGAGCCCCUUCUUCUCGAGGAAUGCCGAGCACAGAUCGUGAGAGGGGAUGACGAUGGAGGUGCGGCUGAGUGUCACGUCGCAGCGCUCACGCAUUGCGAGAAAGUAAACGAGUUUUACUCUGCCAAGGUUGCAGUUCGAGCAGAGAUAGGCGAACUUUUCCCAGACAAUGAGUUGAUUCUCAUCACGAAAGAGCCUUUAGGUGGUGCUGAUCUUCCAAAAACUUACGCACUUGCUAUGGUGGACGGGCAUGAAGGGCUACAAAUUCUCUCGCUUCGGCUUUACUUGGAAUCGGACUCUUCGAACGACAGAGAUGCGAGACUGCGACUGGCUUUGCAGGCGUCUGGAUCCGGUUGGUUCAUUUGCAAGCUUUGUAACUUGUCGACGAUAUCCAGGGAGUACGUUGCCUUGUGCUCGUUAGGCUCUAUAGCCUUCAGUGAUACAAUCGUUUCUGCGAGCGCAUCAGAUGUCUCCGCUGGCUGUCGAACGAUCCCCCGUGGACUUAAAGACUAUUUACAAACCACGCAUAACCAGUCACAGAUUAACGCUAUUCAGGCAGGGCUUAGUGGUCAGCCCUUGGUGUUGAUUCAGGGGCCCCCGGGAACUGGCAAGACUCAAACAAUUCUUGGGCUCCUCAGCGUCAUUUUACAUGCAACUGUGGCAACCUUUUCUCAAGAGGGUUCGCUGCGCUUGCUACAAAAGUCCGAGAUGUCUUCGCAUGAAAAGCUGGAUCACUGGCUUAAAGCUUCGCCAUGGCUGGGUGUUGGAAACCCACGCGAUUUAAUUAUGCCGGAGGAUGGUGACGAUGGUUUUUUUCCUUGCGCACCGAACCAGUUUAGAGCCGAAGUCGUUGGAACAACGCGUAAGCAUCGCGCUCAUGUUCUCGUAUGUGCACCUUCAAACUCUGCUCUGGAUGAGAUUGUACUGCGACUGUUAAAAUCUGGUAUUCGCGACGAAAAUGGUGACAGUUAUGUCCCAAGUAUUGUUCGCAUGGGCUUGAAUGCGCAUCACUCCGUUCAGUCCGUUUGUAUGGAUCACUUGGUUGAUCAAAGAUUGCAAAGCAUCGACCGCUCAAUGUCUAGUGCUCGAGGAGGGGGUGGUGGAAGAGAGAGGGAGCGUGUUCGAUUGGCAAUCCUUGAGGAAGCUGCAAUUGUCUGUUCGACUCUAAGUUUUAGCGGCUCCAGUGUUUUUUCGAGGAUGAAACGUGGAUUUGAUGUCGUCGUCAUUGAUGAAGCUGCUCAAGCUGUUGAACCCUCGACUUUAGUACCUCUAACUCACGGUUGCAAGCAAGCGUUUCUGGUGGGAGAUCCAAUACAGUUACCGGCAACGGUGUUGUCCACCGAGGCAGUGAAGCACGGAUAUGGAACAAGUAUGUUUAAACGUUUCCAAAAAGCUGGGUACCCCGUGCAAAUGCUCAACACGCAAUAUCGCAUGCAUCCUCAAAUUCGAGAUUUCCCGUCCAAAGAAUUCUACGGAGAAGCUCUGGAGGAUGGUGCUGAAGUGGAGCAGCAAACUUCUCGAGCGUGGCAUGAGUACUGCUGCUUUGGCCCGUUCGCUUUCUUUGACAUUGAAGGCCGCGAAACUCAACCUCCAGGGAGCGGCUCCUACAUAAACAGUGACGAGGCCGAGUUUGUGUUGGUCUUGUAUCGCCAUCUUAUCGCGUUAUAUCCCGAGCUCAAGGGCGGGCCUCACGUCGCCGUGAUCUCUCCUUACAAGUACCAAGUGACAACGUUACGUACCCGAUUUGCCGAAGUUCUGGGAAAGGAUGCCGCUCGACUUAUCGACAUCAACACUGUAGAUGGUUUCCAGGGACGUGAGAAAGACAUAGCUAUAUUCUCUUGUGUGCGAGCAAACAAGAGCAAAGGCAUUGGCUUUGUGUCCGACUUUCGCCGAAUGAACGUCGGUUUAACGAGAGCAAGAGCUUCAAUGCUGGUCGUCGGAUGCGCGGCUGCUUUGAGGCAAGACGAGCACUGGGGAAAUCUCAUCAAGCACGCACAGCAGCGAAACAGGAUGUUUAAGGUCCAAAAGCCUUACCACGCGUUGUUUAACGAGGCGAGCUUAGCAGCCACAAAGAAAAUGUCCGAUGGUCCUCCUCUUCCAGUGCAAGAAGGCGACGCCAUGGAAGUGGAAAUGGAGCUUCCGUCUCACUACGAUCUCGGUGAGGCCGAACAGCAGGACGAGCCGGGCGAUGGAGGUGAUGGAGGCGAUGGAGGCGAUUUUGGAGACUUCGGAAACGAUGGCGAAGAUUGAAAGCUGCAUUUUUCUAUUGGUGGCAUACACAGCCUUGCCCCACCAAAAAACGUGAAAUUCAACGGGUGUCAUUUUGGGCACCUUUACACUGCAGAAAAACAACAACUCUUGCUAUAAAGCAUAUGAUGGAAUACUACUACUAAAAAAUUACAAAAACAAAAAAAUACUUGGAA